AUGCUGUUCAAGAAAAUUGCUCUUUUCACUCUCGCUGCCGUCGCCGUGGCCUCUCCCGUCAUCACCGAUGAAGACAUCGAGGGACUCGACUUUGCUGACAUCGAGCACUCCCCCGAGGAGCCUGCAGACAUCAUGAAGUUCAAGCAGAUGAUCCAUGACAAGAAGUGCAACAUUCUGACCAAGAAGUGCCCCCAGCCCCAGCAGAAGUGCAACAAGGUCACCAAGACUGUCACCAAGGUCCAUACCAAGACUGUCCAGGCGAAGCAGCAGCAGUGCAAGCCCACUCACUACAACAAGCGACCCACCAAGCAGUACAACAAGGGUAGCAACAAGUGCGGUGGCAAGGGUAACCGAUGCUAG